AUUUACAUUGAAUUCAGUUAGUUGAGUUGUUUUAGCUUAGGAUAUAAGUUAAUUAAGUUAAAUAAUUAAUUUUUCUUUUUUUGUGAUAUAUUAAAGAUGUAUAUUCCAGUGAGUGUGAAAAUACGUCGAGAAAAAAGAAAAUGUCAGAAGAAUGUGAAGCCAGUACUAUGGAUUCUCUGGUAGAUUUGUCACUUGCUGCUAUAGAUAUUAAAGAUGAUUGUGAACUCACUGAUGUACCUCAAAUAAAUUUGGAGAAGAGUGAAGAAAAUGAAUGUGAAGAUCAAAUAAGGAAGAAGAAAAAAAAGAACAAAGACUAUCAACCGAACUAUUUCCUAUCCAUUCCGAUCACCAACAAAGAGAUAACAAGAGGAAUUAAGAUUCUGCAAAGUGCAGUAAUAAAACAAGAUGAGCGCCUGGCCAAGGCAAUGUGCAGUGAUGGUUCCUUUCAUAUUACCCUUCUGGUGAUGAAGUUAAACGAACAUGAAGUAAACAAGGGUAUUGAUGCUCUUUUGGAAUUAAAACCGUCCAUAGAAGAAAUCCUUCAAGGAAAACGCCUGAUUUUGUCCUUUGAAGGCAUUGACACUUUUAACAAUCAGGUUGGAUUUGUGAAGCUGGCAGAAGGAGACCACAUGAACCCACUUUUGGAAAUUGCAGAGGCUGCAAAAAUGACAUUUCAAGAAAAAGGCAUCUUGGCAGGAGACAGCAGAAGUUUUAAGCCUCAUUUGACCUUCAUGAAAUUGUCCCAAGCACCAUGGCUCCGGAAGAAGGGAGUGAAAAAAAUAGACCCCAAGUUCUAUGAAAAAUUUAUCAAUCACAGAUUUGGAGAAGAAUUGGUCCACCGCAUUGAUCUUUGCUCCAUGCUGAAGAAAAAGCAAAGUGAUGGUUACUAUCACUGUGAGUCUUCAAUUGUGAUUGGUGAUAAGAAUGGAAGUGAGCCUGAUGAUGCUGAACUGGUAAAGCUCAGUAAGAGGCUGGUGGAGAACGCAGUGCUCAAGGCUGUCCAGCAGUAUCUGGAAGAAACACAGAACAAAAACAAGCCAGGGGAUGGGAGCUCUGUGAAAACUGAAGAGGCUGAUAGGAAUGGCACUGACAAUGACAACAGGAAAUGAGACCCAAUGCAGGCAGGCCCCGUUGCUCUGUGAGAAGCAUCCCUGCUUCCCUCUGCUGAGUCAAUGGACUGAUUUGCAAUGUGCUGUUUAAGUGUCUCUUGUCCAAUCUGUGGAGGUUGCCUAAUACUUUCAUGAUCAGUGUGUGUGCAUUUCUGAAACACAACAGAAGAAAAACCGAAAGCUGGGACUCGCAGAGGACAUUAAUUUAUGAAAGAAGAAUGGCCCAAGUUUCACUUGCCCUCAGCCAUGGCCAAGGGAGAGGGGACUUUGGGUUAUGCCUCAUGGACUCAAAGGCCGUGGAAGGGGCCUUACCAUAAUUGGAAUACUGCCAUUUAUAUUGCUUAGCAGGGCAUUUGACUACUUUAUCUGAGGCCAAAACACACACACAGCUAACGAGUGCUAAGUUUAAAAUAAUCACUGUUGAAAUUACCCAUAUAGUUAGUCCAUAAUGUUUUAUGUUUGUCGUACAUAUGCUGUUGCUAUGCAGUGAUCUUUAUUUACACUACAUUUGUUUCAGGUAAAUAAUAUAUUUUUUGGCAAAAUGCAACUUUUUCUAUAAAAUGUGGGCAACAUUUUAAAGGAUUCUUUUUAGCCCUCUUUUGAUAAGUCAGUGUGCCAUAUUUAAUGUUUUUCAUUUGCAUUUGUAUGUAAAAUGUAUUAUAAAUUUUCUUUCUGUAGGC